AUGAGUUUACUAUUCCAUUUCGUUGAGGCACUGAAGAAAAAUGUAUAUAAUGCAUAUGAGGGAUCUGCUGUUUUACUAUCUGCUACUCGUUCUAGUUCCUUACUAUUUCGAGCCAACAAGAAAGAGCUCAGGAAUCUUGUGGCUUCAGCUUUGAAUGAAAAGUCUAGGUCACAAGUAACUGAGAACCUCCAUAAUAUCAGGGGCAGAUUUUUGGCAGACAUCUUGAGGGUUUUACGACACAUGGCAUUGGAUCUGUGUAAGACUCCUCUCCCUUUCUUGUGGAGGAAAACCGGUCCCUCAGCAGAAGAAUCCUGGUUAUCAGAGUUGCAAACACUUCGUGCUAAACAUGCUGGGAAGAGUUAUUGCGGUGCUCUGACAACAACGGGCAGCAAGGGCAUGCCUUGGUUUGACACCUAA